AUGGCACCCGAAUCCAUCCCCCUCCAAACCCUCACCACCCUCCUCAACUACGAACGUCUAGUCAGCGAUCCCCGCUACAAAAGCACCAGUCUCCACAGCAGCACCAUCGCAGACCAAACCCUACUUCUUCGUCUGGAAGGAAACGCGCUUAUCAGAAAGCGUCCCGCAAGCAUUCAGAAAAUCAAUGUCCACACUUUCCACUACGAUACUUCUACUCCCGAUUCUACUCAAGAUCUAACUCUAGAAACUUCCACCACUCUAGCUACCUGCACUAUUCAUCCUUCAUGCGAUCUAGCAACCCGUCCACUUUCCUCCACUCAACUCGAAGACAUCUUCUACGAAUCUCGAAGCCACGACGGCUGCUACAAAGCCCUAAUGCUCUUUCAAGAAUUUUUCUCUUUCUGUUCCUCAGAUCAACAACUAUCCAUCCAGAUCAAAAACGAAGAAGCAAUUCUCGUCGAUCCCUUUCCACGCUCCAUCAUAGAAUUCAAAUUGACCGGUCCCAAGCUCAUGAGUGUCCAAUCUUUACAGUUGAGGAAUGGCGGUGCGACAUAUAUUACCGGAGGAGAAAACGAGGGCUUCCAUUCUACCCUGGGGUUUCCUAAACCAGGAACGAGUGUAGGUCAGAUAGUAAACUUGGAUGACUUUUUCGUGGUAGAUAUGACGCGUAUGCAAUGGGGCAAGCGAGGAAUGUUCGGUAAGCCUUAUUUUCUUGGCAAGGGAGGAGAUUGGCAGGAUGCCAUGGAUAUUAUCUGUGAUGAUAUGGAGGAAUUAGGAAUCGGAGCAUCAUGGAUUUCGGAGAAUCAGCAUACAGAAUUGAUGAGAAAAUGUGCAAAGAGGGCAUGGAAUCGCUGGAUCGAUCGAGAAAAAGCAGGCUGA